AUGGUCGCCCACAGCGCCUCUCAGCGCUACCUGAGCACCCGAGGAGGCUCCUACGAUCUUUCGUUCGAAGAAGUAGUCCUCAAAGGCCUCGCCAACGAUGGCGGCCUCUUCAUCCCUGAAGACAUUCCCAAACUGCCCUCCGACUUCCUCUCCAAAUGGCGCGACUAUUCCUUCCAAGAACUCGCUUUCGAGAUCUUCUCCCUCUACAUCUCCCGCGAAGAGAUCCCCGCCGAUGACUUGAAAGAUAUCAUUAAGAGGUCGUAUGAUACUUUCCGCGCGAAAGACAUCACUCCAAUCGUGACAUUGGACGAGGAGAAGAAGGUGCACUUGCUGGAGCUGUUCCACGGACCAACGUUCGCAUUCAAGGAUGUUGCGCUGCAGUUUGUGGGCAACUUGUUCGAGUAUUUCCUCGUGAGAAGAAAUCAGGGCAAGGAGGGUACAAAUCGGGAACACCUCACAGUCAUUGGCGCAACCAGUGGUGACACUGGCUCUGCAGCCAUCUAUGGUCUGAGGGGAAAGAAGGAUGUCAGUGUGUUCAUCAUGUAUCCCAAGGGCAAGGUCAGCCCGAUUCAAGAGGCGCAGAUGACGACUGUCACGGAUCCAAAUGUGCACAAUUUGUCUGUGGAGGGCACUUUCGACGAUUGUCAGGACAUCCUCAAAACCUUGUUUGCAGAUAAGGAGAUCAACUCAACUCUUCGACUCGCCGCAGUGAACAGCAUCAACUGGGCACGCAUCCUCGCACAGAUCACUUACUACUUCCACUCCUACUUCUCCAUCGCCCGCCGAACAGGGGAAGAGAAGCCCAAUGUGAGAUUUGUCGUGCCCACCGGCAAUUUUGGCGACAUUCUUGCGGGCUACUUCGCAACUCGCAUGGGCCUUCCAACCAACAAGCUCGUCAUUGCAACCAACGAGAACGACAUUCUCCAUCGAUUCUGGAAGACUGGCAACUACGAGAAGCAGCCAAAGAGUGGCCCAGAAACUGAGGGUGGCUUUGCUGAGGAUGGUGCAAAGGCAGACCCAAGCGGCGUCAAGCAGACUUACGCUCCAGCUAUGGAUAUCCUCGUCAGCUCAAAUUUCGAACGGUUGCUUUGGUACCUGGCUUUCCAGACCAGCGAUGUCGAAGAGACUAACAGGCGACGCAUGCAAGCUGGUGAGAGAGUCAAAGGCUGGUUGGAGCAGCUGAAGACUAGUGGAGGCUUUGGUGUUACCAAGGAGAUUCUUGUGGCCGCGAAGGAGGACUUCGAGAGUGAGAGAGUCAGCGACAAGCAGACGAUCGAGACCAUCCAGCAAAUUUACGGCCGAUCAAUUCCCUCGGCGAAACAGAGCAACGGUCAUGCCAAUGGCGACGCUGUCCCGACCAAGGGCACUCAGACGGACGGCCACUACAUCUUGGAUCCACACUCAGCCAUUGGCAUAGCGGCGACUUUGCGGUCCGUGGAGUCGAAUGCAAGCGCUCACCACAUCUCGCUGGCGACCGCGCAUCCCGCCAAAUUCUCGCAUGCAGUCGAACUGGCGCUGAAGGAGCAACCCGGCUUUUCAUUCGAGACUGUCCUACCGGAUCAAUUCGUCGGACUGGAGAACUUGCCCAAGCGCAUCACCAACAGCAAAGCAGACUGGAAGCAGGUGCGGGAGAUCGUAGUAAAAGAGGUGGAAGACGAGCUGCACGGCGAUCGGUAG